CGCAAGGGGUGGAGGGCGCUCGUGGAGCGGAGCUGCGCGACGGCGGUCCUCGCUUCAGUCCUCGCGUUCCGCUUACGGGCAGCUCUCGGCGCGGCGUCCUCGCCAUGUCUGCAGCCAUGAGGGAGAGGUUCGACCGGUUUUUGCACGAGAAGAACUGCAUGACUGACGUCCUGGCCAAGCUCGAGGCCAAGACCGGCGUGAACCGGAGCUUCAUCGCGCUCGGUGUCAUCGGGCUGUUGGCCUUGUACCUAGUGUUUGGGUAUGGAGCCUCUCUCCUGUGCAACCUGAUAGGAUUUGGCUACCCAGCCUACAUCUCAAUGAAAGCCAUAGAGAGCCCCAACAAAGAUGAUGAUACCCAGUGGCUGACCUACUGGGUAGUGUAUGGUGUGUUCAGCAUUGCCGAGUUCUUCUCUGAUCUCUUCCUAUCAUGGUUCCCUUUCUACUACAUGCUGAAGUGCGGCUUCCUGUUGUGGUGUAUGGCCCCGAGCCCGUCUAAUGGAGCAGAGCUGCUCUACAAGCGCAUCAUCCGUCCUUUCUUCCUGAAGCACGAGUCCCAGGUCGACAGUGUGGUGAAGGACCUGAAAGACAAAGCCAAAGAGACUGCCGAUGCCAUCACUAAAGAAGCUAAGAAAGCUACGGUGAACUUACUGGGUGAGGAGAAGAAGAGCACCUAGACGCUCGGCUGGAUGGAGCUUCCCUGCCCUCUCCGUACCUCCCUCGUAGUCAGGGACUGUGGUAUAAUCACUUUGAUAAUGUUGCCUUGGAACAUUUUUGAUAUAUUAAAAAAAUGAAUGUGUUGUAAGUUUAUUUGCUUUCAGUAUCUGUAUACAUAGAGAACAUUUAAUUUAAAUUUAACGCAGUGGGCAAUAUCUAAUUUUUUGAAAAUAUAUUUUGCCCCUGGGUAGGAAAAGAUGUGUGUUACUAUCCUGCAAGAAAUAUAGAGUCAAAUAAAAUUAUGUAUCCCACAGGCUCCGUACUUUACUGGGGUCACUCUGCAUGCAUUUUCUCUACACUUUGUCUUUGUUUCUACACCAUGUAAAUUUCCUAGAAUUAAAUGUUUCAAUGUAUUUAUGUAUAUAUAGAGAAAUGUUACUAUGACUGUAACGUGUAUAAUGCUCACGAGGAUGGGGCGGGGGGAAGUGGUACAUUCAUUGAUAAGCUCUGUACAAUGAGACCACCUGCCAAAAGC